AUGGAGGAAAUGAAGGAUGAUUCUAAUCCAAUAAGGAAAAAACUCCGAAAUACGCCUAAUGAAGAUUCUCAAGACUCCCAAGAAAAGGUCGCUUCAAUAACGAUAUCAGAUAUAUCAAAUUACUAUUACCUAAAUUGCGAUAAAUUUUUAAAGUUUAAAUCAAGGCGAUCCCACGAUAAAAAACCAAUUUUACAAAGUAUGAAAGGUCGUACUUUACGUGGCGCAUCAUUACAACGUGGAAGAAACUUUGAAAUAGAAGUUGAAAAUCAUUUAAGGAGUUUACAUAAAGAUAAUUUUAUUAAACGAAAGUUGUCACAUGAUGAAACCAUCAAUUUACUAAGAGAGGCUAAAUGUGGCCAAAUAUUUUGUCAAAUGUUAUUUAAUGUGCAUGAAGAAUUUUAUAAAAAGUUCAAUAUAAAGAAUAUUAUUGAAAUCAGACAAUUCAAACCUGAUUUCAUUAUAGUUAAAGAAGAAGGUGGCAAGAAGAAGUUAUUGAUAUAUGACGCCAAGUCUUCAAAAUGUAUACAGGAUAAUCAUAAGCUUCAAGUAGCUCUCUAUGCAUACCUACUUGGAUUUAUUGUUCAAGACAUCCCUGAACUUACUAUUUCAUACACGGGUGGAAUUUAUUUGCCACCUUUAAAGUUGCAGGAAUUCUCUAUAGACCCUUUACUUCCAAAGGUAGAACUUUUAUUUCGUGAAAAAUUACCAAGAAUUAUAAAAACACCAAAACUACCUUGGCACUAUAAUGAUAGAUGUAAAAGUUGUCAGUUUGUAAAUACAUGUAGAAAUGAAGCCAAAGGUACCAUUGCGGCGAUCCCAUAUUUAUCACUUGAGGAAGCCGUAAAAUUAAAAAAAUUAAUUCAAGUUAGAGACGAUGCUGAUGCUGAUAUUGAAGAUUUGAAUGAUUAUUUAUCUAACAUAGAUGUUUAUGAUGAACGAGCAAAGACUGAUUAUAACGUCGUCAAAAAUAUUAUAAAAUAUGAUGAGAAGCUGAAGAAUUCUCCUUACUUGAACGUUAAGCCCAGGCAAGCUCAGUUUGUUGGAGUUCCAACUAAAGAUUUUCCUCAAAGAUCAGACCAUAAUUUGUUGAUUACUAUGUCUUUGGAUAAUGUGUCGUUAAAACCUUUUGGUUGGGGAAUAUGCCUUUAUACGAGUUAUAAAGAAACAAAGCAUCAAUUCAGAGAAUCAGAAUCAAUUUCAAUUAAUGACGAUCCUCACAAGGAAUUUAUCUCUCUAAUGGAUAAAUUCACCACUGUAUUGGAGAAGUGUCUUGAAUACCUGGAAAAAGAUAAAUUAAGAGUUUGUGCCUUUGUCUAUUAUGAACGAGAAAAGGAAUUUAUUCAAAAUUCUUUAUUAGAAAUAAUGUCUAAUGAGAGUUCAAGUACGGAUUUAAGUGCAAUAAAGCGUAAAGUUGAAAGAUGUUUUUUUAGUUUAUUUAAAAAUAAGAAUGAUGACGGUCACAUUACAGAAUUUCCACGAAUGAUCGUUUUGGAACAAGUGAUAAUAAGAAGUGUCGCAAUCCAUGUACCCGGAUUUUAUCGAUUUGAUGAUAUUUGGGAACAACUGAUGAAGCCAAUUUUAAAUGAUCAAGAAUUGCUAAAUUCACUGGACCAAACCAAUAAGGCUCAUUUAUUAAGAACUGAUUUUGGAUAUGCAGUAAUAAAAGCAUAUUAUGAAUUGCUUCAAGAAUACACUUGCGAUAACCUGAUAAAUUACUUUGAUUGUGAAUAA